AUGGCCUCCGUCGCCACAUCUUGCCCGACUACGUUGAAUGGCAUGAACCGCAUGCAUGACGUUGAUCAGCAACAACCGCCGGACCUGGCCCGGACCCCCAUUCCGUCAUCCGGCACACCGUCGGUAGCCACAAACUCGGCCCCAGCGCCAGAGCCAGGGGUGAUGACGACGGCGGCCUCCACUUCCACGACCUCCCGCCUUCCGCGCCUGCCCAGCAUCUCGUCGCUGCUCGCCGGUUUCCCUGGUCAUGAUGCCUUUGGUGAGUACCCGUAUGCACUACGAUCUAUACACUACGUCAUAGGGGAGAAGCGCAUGACGCCUGUCAACCUGUUCUGCAGUGGCGUGCACCUGCGAUUGAAGAAGGGGCCCGCAUUGUCUACAUUUGAGCAAUUUGCUGACAUACCCACCGACCACCUCCUUCUUCCUCUGUUUUGGCAUUACAGAUCAGAGUCCGACCUCCCGGCGGAGGUCUGCUCCACGAAUUGAUGAAUACCCAAUGUCGUCUUACAAGAUGGGCGGUGGACCGCAACAGUCUCAAUCCCCAAGUCGUGGUUUUUCUGGAUGGGAUCAGCCAUCACCAUUUUCGCAGUCACUUUCGACAGGAUCUUCUGCCACUGCACCUCCUCUGUUCCCUCGACCGCCGAUACCAACCAAGUCUGCAACUCAGCCAAGUUCGGGUAAGUCGGUACCUCUUGCGAGGUCCCACCUAUUCAAAACUUUCAAGCUCACUCGAUGCCUCGGUAAUCUGCUUUACGUCUGGUGCAGAUCAGCUCACAUCACCGACAGGAGGACCGCUACAUCCUCUGCCGUCCGGUCUCGUUGGUUUCGCUCCUCUUUCACCGCCCCAAGCGGACCGAGGACUUGUCUUCCGCCCGCGAAGCAACUCUUUAUCGGUCCAUCCCUAUGCGAAUCCGUAUCACCAUCGGUCGGCGACGUACGAGCAUGACCCUCGUCGAAGAGGGAGUUUGAACGAAGGGAUAGCCAGAACUACCACGAGCGGCACCUGGUCACCUACGACUGUGCCCGGGGGUCCCUUUGGCCAGUCAGCCGCAGCCGCAGCCGCGGCUCGCGCUCGCAAGCACUCAGUCGAUUCUGGAUGGACUCAUUAUCAGAUGUCUGCUCUCGGGACGAAUGCUUCCCCACGAUCUCGUGCCGCUUCCAUCUCGGCGGCCCCCGAAGAUCAUCGCUAUUUCCCCAACUGGGCCGAUCACGAACGAGACAUGGCUAUGCGCCAAGCUCGCAACGCCAGCGGGAGGGUCAACUCGCUAGCUUCGUCGGCCUCGUCGCCUCACGCCAGCUCAGAACUCGAUGGGCGUCAGGAAGCGAUGGAGCAUCUCGAGCUGGCUCGAGAGCGACCUUUGGCGGGCUUGAGCUCGAGGGAGCCUGUGGGGGCAAUCCUUGCGAGCAGCUCAUCUCCAGACGCUCGCCUCGCUCUCGGUGAACGACCUCACGGUCGACUCUCGCUCGGAGGCGCACCCGAUGUCACCGGUCUACACAUCACCUCGCUGGACGGUCGACAUCCCUCGAUCCCAAUGAUCAACCCUUUCAACGGCGGUCCUGUCGGGCAUGGGUUGCCAUCUUCAGCUUCACACCCAUCCGUCAUGGCUGGCCACUUCCCGGAUCACCAGAAUCAGGCAUGGAGUCGGACCUCCCCCAGUUUGCCAGGGACGGGAUCGUUCCCGUCGCAACCUUAUCUCACGCUCGGCGCUACUCUUGACGAUGGGACGAACGAGAGCGGUGAGCACGGUCGGUACAGCUGCGAGCACUGCCCGAAGCGCUUCGCUCGACCAUCGUCUCUACGCACACACAUUCAUUCACACACCGGCGAGAAGCCUUUCACGUGCGAAACAUGCGGUCGAGGUUUUUCGGUGCAGUCGAAUUUGCGGCGCCACUUCAAGAUCCAUCGUGCGACGCGCUUGGCCAAUUCGAUCGUUGGUGAGGACGGCGACGUCAAGAUCAGAGGCUCCGACGAUGAGGGGCAAGGCUCGGUAUCCCCCUCGGACGAGGGCAGUGACGAACUAGAGCAAACACAAGCCGAAUGA